AUGGAUCGAAUGCAGGCAUUCGGUAAGAACUUCAGCGCGAACUUCACGCCUUUUGCGCAGCGCACCCAGCAGAUGAUCAAGGAGCAGCUUGGUCAGGCUGAGGACAAGACCCAACUCCCCGAUGAGUACAUCGAGCUCGAGAAGCGCGUCGAUGCGCUUAAGCUGGUUCACCAGAAGCUGUUGCAGGUGACCUCCCAAUACUCCAACGAGGCCUAUGACUACCCUCCCAACAUCCGCGAGUCCUUCAACGACCUUGGUCGGACCAUCAACGAGAAAGUUAGCCUUCUGUCGCAGGCCAGCUCCCCCGCUGAGGCCCAGGCUGCCUUGACCGCACCCCCCUCUGCCAAGCCGCAACCCAAAACCUUCAACCAUGCGAUCGCACGUGCCUCGCUCGCCGGUUCGCAGACCCUUGCGCAGAGCAUGGAUGGCGAGGACCCGCUCGCCAACGCCCUGGAGAAGUAUGCUCUGGCUGAGGAGAAGGUCGGUGAGGCCCGUCUGGCCCAGGACUCUCAGAUCCAGUCCCGCUUCCUGGCUGGCUGGAAUACCACCCUUAACACCAACUUGAUGUUCGCCGCCAAGGCCCGCAAGAACGUUGAGAACGCCCGUCUAACACUUGACUCUGUCAAGGCCAGCAAGAAGGCUGCUGCUCGUGGUGACCUCGACAACCUGAGCGAGGAUGCCCGACAGGAGAUUGAGCAGGCUGAGGAUGAGUUCGUUGGCCAAACAGAGGAGGCCGUUAGCGUGAUGAAGAAUGUCCUUGAUACCCCCGAGCCCCUGCGCAACUUGGCCGACUUGAUCGCCGCCCAGCUGGAGUUCCACAAGAAAGCCUACGAGAUCCUCAGCGAGCUUGCCCCAACUGUGGAUGCGCUGCAGGUCGAGCAAGAGGCUAGCUACCGCAAGGCACGUGAAGGCGCAUAA